AUGGGCUCCGUUUUCACACCAUGGCGCCCGUGUUUGAGCACGAGUCACGCUGCUCUGAUUAGACCCCUGAGGUUUUCCGUGUCCAAGCGGGGCUUUGGGAAUAAUGCCAGCGAACCAAACGAGGAAGAAUUGAAAAAGGCCAGACAAUGGCUGAAAACUUUCUCUACAAGUACGAUUCCUCGCGACAUAGGUGUUAUGACAUAUAGCCGCUCCAGCGGCCCCGGGGGACAGAAUGUAAACAAACUCAAUUCGAAAGCGACGCUUCAGGUCCCCCUGAAACAUCUGCAUCCAAUAUUGCCCCGCAUUUUACAUCAGGAUUUGCAAAACAGUCGCUACAUGGCCGAAAGAAGCAAUUCUCUCGUUAUCAACUCCGAUGAGAGUAGAAAACGAUCUGACAAUAUGGAAUCGUGUUAUGUGAAGCUCUACACUUUGAUUCAAACGAUUGCCAAGACUACUAUUCCUGGGGAAACCUCCCAGUAUCAAAUUGAUCGAGUGAAAGGACUGAAACAUGCAGAAAAUGAGUCCAGACUAAAACAUAAGAAAUUGAAAAGCUCCAAGAAAAGUAGUCGUCGAGGAAGCAAAUAUGACGAGUGA